AUGGAGAUGAGUCUAUCUGAAAUCUGCGAGUUGUUAGGAGAUAGCAUUGAACGAUACAACAGAAGGAAACGCAAAAGUAACGUUUCUAACAACAGAGUGAAGAAACUGAAAUCCGCGACAUUCACUACCCCUCUGUCCUCGUCCACACCAAUAGACAUUAAAAGUAAGCCACAGGAAGCUGCUCGUGCUGUGAACUGGAGUGAUGUUGAGUCUCCGACAUCAUCACUUAGUGUUACCUGCCUUCAUACGUUACGAGGGAGUCCGGACAGACGCUGGGUGCGGAGAACACUUAACAUGCAACCGAAGAAGUUGACCUUUGACAUUGAGGAAGAUUGA